AUGGAGGCAAACGGAUUUAAGGCGGAUUACAUUGUUACAGACCGCCAUCCACAGAUCCAGAAAUAUCUGAGGGAACGGAACAUCACGCAGUUCUAUGACGUCUGGCACUUUGAGAAAGGUUUGUCUAAGAAACUGGAGAAAGCAUCGCACAAAGAAGACAUUCUUAAGAAAUGGCUACAGAGCAUCAAGAACCAUGUGUACUGGUGCGCUACGUCAUCAACCACUGGACCGGAAAAAGUGGCAAAGUGGACAUCGCUGCUAAAUCACUUGCAAAAUGUUCAUGAUCAUGAAGACCCCCUUUUCCCCAAAUAUCUGCAUCCUGAACGAGCGUCGAGGGACCCCAACAAAUGGCUACAACCUGGGUCAGUUGCACUUCACAAAGCUGAGAAACUACUGCUUAACAAACGAGUCCUGAAGGAUGUAGCAAAACUCAGCCAUCAUCACCAGACGUCAUCGCUGGAGUCAUUCCACAGUCUGAUACUGCGUUUUGCUCCAAAGAAUGUGGUUUUUCCCUUCAUGGGAAUGUUGUGCAGGUUGUAUCUUGCAUCAAUGCACCACAACGAAAAUGCUUCACGGGUGCAAGCUACGACUUCUGCAGGGCAGGCUGUUUAUAAAGUUGUCUAUCCAAAGGCGAAGAUGGGGGAAGGUGUUGUGAAGCCCGUGAAAACGGAUCCAACAUUCAACUAUGUACAUGACCUCAUGAGGCUGCUCAUGGAGGUUUUUGAGGACCCAACAUCAUUUGACGAGGAAAUGAAGACUAUCCCCAUCCCUCCAGACCUUUCAGCAGAAAAUACACGCACUCCGAAGGCUGAGCUGGUUGCCCGUCACGUCUCCCGCUUCAAUCUAGAGGUGGUCUGAAGCCUACGUAGUCACCAGAUGGGAACUGCUGCCGUAUCCGCUGCACCACACAUGACGGGAGGACGACCCGACAACCAUGUCCUAAAUAUCCCCAGCACCAGCUUACAAAGCUGCGAUAGGUGCCUGAAACGCCUAAGGGCAAAAGAGCAGAACUUUCAGACCACCUGUUUUCAACAAUAACCUCUUAUAGGCUGGGCCUACACUGGGCCUUACUGUGCACCCCCCACCUCCCAACGAAACCAACUAUUUUUGAAUGGUCUGACCAUGCUGAACAUAAAGAAAUAGUUGGCUUCGUUGGGAGGUGGGGGUGCACAGUAAGACCCCGUUGCUCGGGGCCUAAUAGUUUUAUUCUGUUUUUCUUCUAAUGGUAAAUUGAUUCACAUAAUAUUAAUAGUAUAAUAUUGCUUUGGUUUUGUUUAGUAGGAGCUUAGACAAAAUGACUUACUCUUCAUCUCUUGUGUGCCUCACAGGUCCAUAAUCAUACUUGUAAAUAUUGUAAAUAUUUUGUAGACUGUAUAUGUUUAGACACACAGGCUCCAGGCCUGGAUGUUGUGUCAUACAGGUAAUUGAUUCUGGCACUUGGCUCAUUCGUCGUAGUACCUAAUAAAUACAAUAAGACAAAAUAA